AUGUCAUUUAAUCGCAUCGCCAUCUACGGCCACCGUGGCUGGGCCAGCUCCGCCAUCGUCGCUGCUCUUAUUGACUCAGGUGCCCCUAUCAAAAUACUCUACCGACCUGGCUCGGAUGUGUCGAACAUACCAGAUACAGUGGAAACCAUUGAGGUUGAUCUAGCAGAUCAAGAAAGAGUGGUUGAUGUGCUGAGGGAUGUUGAUAUCGUCAUUUCGCUAGUCGGCCACGAAGGCGUCACCCUCCAGCACCAACUCGCAACCGCAAUUCCCAAAACAAAUGUCCAGUUAUUCGUCCCCUCAGACUUAGCAGCUCGGUACGACGAGCAAGGUCUCCGGGUCCCCGUGAAUAGGGCUAAAAGCGAGGUGGAAGCUGCUGCGCGCGACGCUGGGAUUCCGGUAACGGUUGUUUUGGUGGGUAAUUUUGCGGAAUUUGCGGCGAUGGGAAUUGAUAUACGGAACAACCGUAUGAUUUUCACGGGGGAUAGUGCAAAUCAACCUGUUAAUCUCUGCACCCGCCCCUACGUCGCCUCUGCCUACGCCUCCAUCUUCGCGACAACCCCAAUCACCACCCUCCAAAAUCGCACCUUAGCCCUAUCCGAACUAACCCCCACAGGUGCCCAAAUCGCUGCCUCCCUAUCCCAGAAACAUUCCUCGCGAACGAAAACCACAACCGAGACACUCGCUUCCAUAAACCAGAAGAUUGAAACCGGGUUGGAGGCUGGUAUGCCUAUUGUUUUGGCGUAUUAUUGUCGGAAGAUUUGGGGGACGGGCGAGCAGGGGGGUAUGGCUUGGGGGGGUGGUGAUGUUUGGGAUGUGAAAGGGUAUGAGAAGGCUGAUGUUGAGGGAUUGGUUGGUGGAGGGUUGUUGGGGGCGUACAGGGAUAUGCCGCCGACUGUGGGGAAGUUUUUCGGGAAGGAGUUUGAGGGGUGUCGGUAG